CCUCGUCAAUCCAAAUCUCUUUGAUGAUGCACUGCAAUGUCCUUUCUCCAUUUUUUAAUUCCUUCCACAGCUGAUGAUAUCACUAUAUAACUCCAUAACCGAAGCUUCAUGUCCGAACAACCAUGGCCAGCCUCUUCCGGAAAGUCUGGGAUUCUGUUUCUGGCAGUUCGCUUCCGAGUCCCGGGUCCAAAGGCUACCCGAGCGAUGGGUUUCAACAGCAGAUGUGUGUGUUACCGGCGUCAUCGUCGGCGGGGGAGUUCGAUCGGAUUCCGACCGAUAUAUUCGUUGUGAUCUUGAAGCUCCUCGGCCCCAAGGAGGCGGCGAAGCUCGCCGCCGUCUGUAAGCUGUGGAGAUUCGUCGUUUCAGAUAACCGGCUCUGGGUUCACUUCCUCCAGAACCAGCAGGAGCCUUGGGAUUAUAUAUUCUUCGCUGAAACUCACUUGCGAUCUGGUCAUCCUCUUCGGGCAUUUGCUAAUCCGGUUGCUGAACUUUCAUUCAUGCAUAUUUAUGGCCAACGUGCUAAGGUUCCGGGAACUAUGAUUAUUGAUGGUGGUUCUGGCUAUUGUAAAUAUGGAUGGAAUAAAUAUACUCGUCCAUCGGGGAGAUCAGCCACAUUUUUAGAGUUUGGUAACAUUGAAUCUCCAAUGUAUUCUAGGCUGAGGCAUUUCUUCACGACGAUAUAUAGCAGGAUGCAGGUGAAAACGUCAACACAACCGAUUAUUGUGUCCCUUCCAAUAUGCCAUUGUGAUGGUGAGCCUCCUUGUUAUAUUGCAUCUCUCCUAUUCUUUGUCCAUCUUGAGACUUAUCACCUUCAAUUGUUUGUAUGUAUGUGCACACACUUAGGUUGAUCGAUGUAAUAUUUUGUGGAGUAAUUUUUAGUCUAUUUACUUCUCCCUCCACCCCGAAUUAAUUCUUCCUAGUUUGAAUUCACGGAGUUAAGAAAGUUGUUGGAAAAAAAGUGGGUGGUUGGAAUUUUUUUAGAAGAAAGAAAGAUUGUGGACCACAUAUUCUUUCCUUUUGGGACGGUCUAAAAACGAAAGUUAGACGAUUAAUUCGGGACGUGGGGGAGCAUGUUUGAACUUUUAUGCCAUUCAUAUGCACAAUGUCAUAUUUUUUACUCCUCUAUAUGGUUCUACACUUCAGAUCUGAAAUCUUGGAAAUGCACCUGGGAAGGAUCUAGAAGAAGCUAUCCUCCCAGCAUGUGUGUGUGCGUGCGUCAUUUAUAUUGAUCCUUGAAAUGUGUAGAAAGAAUAGAUAAAAUACAUGAGCUGCAUUAGUUUUGAACCUUUUUCUUUUGUUGUAUGUGUAUUCUAUAUAUAUUUGAACUUUCAUAUCUUUCAUAUGCAAAGUGUCUUACGUGUUUCACUAUAUGGAUUUCAACAUUAGACAUCGAAUCUGACAAAUUAUCUCGGAAGCAGCUAAAUGAAGCUAUCCUUUCAGCAUUAUUUGACAUGCAUGUUCCUGCUGUUUGUGCCAUUAACCAGGUUUUUAUGUCGUUAAAUUAUUUUUCUGCUUUUUUUUUUCGAUUAACGAUGGCUGUAAGCUUCAUAUGCCCUUGUAAAAUGGGGGUAAAGAUUGUGAACGAUGUUAUUAUAAUUUUCAAGUUGAACCUUUUGGCCUGAUUUUUUUAUUAAAAAAAGAGAUGUAUCGAUCAUGAUCUUCUAUUGAUAGUAAAACAGCAUAAUGCAUUUUCUUGCUGCACAAUUUUAAGGGGCGUCUUGAUGAUGUAAUACCAUAGCUUAGUUUUUAGCAGUAAAAAAGCAUUAACCAUAUGUGACAUAUUUUAGAAAACUAGCCAGUUCACCCUUUAUGGGAAAGGAAAUCUAACAUAUCUAGAUAUUAUAUCACUGGAAAUAAUGAGAGCCGAAAUCU